GGCGGAUCGGUUUCCUUCUCUCAUUGAGAAAGAGGAUUGGAAGGCCGGGCGUAUAAAGCCUUGCGGAGAGCGUGAAACAAAGCAGUCGGAUCGGAAUUGGACUGGGGAAGCGCGGUGUGGAGUCAGGCGUAAAACUUGUUGGAGGGGAGUAACGAGCCUGCUCCUCCAGCCCCCCGUCUGCGCGGAGCUUCAAGAGUUCCCACCAGCUUCGGGUUGUAUUUUUAUAUCUGCUUUUUAUAGACAGAGAAGUAUCUAUUUUUCCUUUUAAGAGAAAAUUCCUGUUCCAAGAGAAAAUAAGGCAAGAUCAAUGAAGGAGAGAAGAGCCAGCCAGAAAUUAUCUAGUAAAUCUAUCAUGGAUCCUAAUCAGAACGUGAAAUGCAAGAUAGUAGUAGUGGGAGACAGUCAGUGUGGGAAAACUGCGCUGCUGCACGUCUUCGCCAAAGACUGCUUCCCCGAGAAUUAUGUCCCUACAGUGUUUGAGAAUUACACGGCCAGUUUUGAAAUCGACACACAAAGAAUAGAGUUGAGCCUGUGGGACACUUCGGGUUCUCCUUAUUAUGACAACGUCCGGCCCCUCUCUUACCCGGAUUCAGACGCUGUGCUCAUUUGCUUUGACAUCAGUAGGCCAGAGACUCUGGACAGCGUCCUAAAAAAGUGGAAAGGUGAAAUCCAGGAGUUUUGCCCCAACACCAAAAUGCUCUUGGUUGGCUGCAAAUCUGACCUUCGGACAGAUGUCAGUACCUUAGUAGAGCUCUCAAAUCACAGACAGACGCCAGUGUCCUAUGAUCAGGGGGCAAAUAUGGCCAAACAGAUUGGAGCAGCCACGUACAUCGAAUGCUCAGCUUUACAGUCAGAAAAUAGCGUCAGAGACAUUUUUCACGUUGCCACCUUGGCGUGUGUAAACAAGACAAAUAAAAACGUGAAGCGGAACAAAUCACAGAGGGCCACAAAGCGGAUCUCACACAUGCCCAGCAGACCAGAACUCUCUGCGGUUGCCACGGACUUACGAAAGGACAAAGCGAAGAGUUGCACUGUGAUGUGAACCCCCAGCCCGUUCUCUUUAAGGAGGACAAGGAUGCCUCGUGUAAAGAACACAAACCGCAGAACAGAAAGGUGACACCCGAAUGACGUGCACAGCCAGAGUCACAUAUUCUGGAGGCUUAGGAGGUGUUGGAAAAGAGGCUCUUCUUUUUGGAAUCCUGUCCUUAGGUUUGGCAUGUAGAACAGGUGGUGACGUGAACACAUGGAAGGGUUUGGAAGUGUGACUUGAAAAAUAGGCCAAAAAAAGAGAGAUUCACAUGGGCUAGAGGUAGAUAGGAGGAACACAAGGACCUCCCGGGAGAAGAAUCACGCUCUGAAUGGUGCUUGCGUUUUUGUUUUUCUUCAUUACAGGCUAUUCAUGGAUCUCUACUUUGAUUUGAUUUUUAAAUGUUUUAAUCUCCUUUACAGAAAAGUAUAUAUUAAUAUACCGUCCUCAUUGGGGAACUGGCACUGUGACCUUAGCGUUUAGUUUUCUAGAGGAUGUGAUCUAAUUUCCUCCUAGCUCAUCAUUAAAAUGGAAAUUGUAUCAGGACCCAUGGGAUAUCCAGAGGAAAAGUUGGGGAGGCUUUUUGAAAUCUUGCCUCCUGAAGACAGCUGAGCAAGGUGGUUCCAAAGAAAGGCUUUUGGAGUCUUGCAAGAUACACAGACCAGCACUACAGAGAUCAGAGAGAUCAACUAGAAAAAAAGUUGUCCGUUUUUAUUCAGUCUGAUGGUUCUGUUCAUCAUUGUGAUUGUCAUGAAAAAGUGGUAAAUUGCUCAGUGUGAUAUUUUUGUGCGCUGUUUAGAAAAGAGGGUGUGUGGUUUCUUUGGCCAUCAUUGAUGAAAAUGCAAAGUCAAAGAAGAGGUGUCUUGGUUUGACGUCCUAAAAUGAUCCAAGGGGAGAAAAUAAUGUAGGUACUAUUUUCGCCUGAAGAGUUGAUGAAGGAAUAGUAGCAGAAAGCACAGUUUGUGAGUAAAGCUGUCUGGAAUUCAGUCACCAAAAGUACAAAGCAAAAGGCCUGUUAAUUUUGGGAUGAAGCUCCGGAAGUUAACAGCCUCUAAUGAUCUCUUGGUUUAUUUCACUUUUCUUUAAAAGAACAGCUAUAAGAGAAGGACCCUCUUACCUAAGCUUUAGAGAAUCCUUAAGAGGAAAAGUCUGUGAUGUCAGUCCCGAUGCUGUACUCGGGCAUUUCCAGAGAAUGAUUGCUAAUCAUCACUUACCCAGACUCACCCAAGGCCCGUGUUCAAUACUUGAUUGCUGUUGUUAGAUAAAAUAAUCAGCAUUUAAAGAGUUUACAGAUAUUUUUUGACCAGUUCCUUUUAGAGCUUCUUUCAGAGAAGAAACCAGAUCUGACCUGUUUAUUGUUGGCGCUUGUUGAAAACGAGCUUUCUUUCCAGUGAUAAAGCUUCAUUUUUGAAGUGUUGAAGCUGUGCUCCCAUUAAAUUGUUUCAGGAGAGGAGAUUAAGGUAAUUACAACACUCAGUUCUUUGUCUCACAAGCACUUUGUUUUGUCUCUGCAAGAAAAUACCAUUCUAGUCAUUUCCCAUGAAGUACAGACGUUUUACCAACAGAAUAUGCUUUGGUCGAUGCCGCAUUAUGCUUCGGGCAGUGUUACAAGAUAGCUGGCAAGUGCUUUCUGUAUUUAAAUAUUGUAAAGAGAAAAAUAAGUUAUAACUGUUAAAAGCAGAACUUUCAUUGCAUUUUUUUUUAAAUGUUGAAGUCACUUUGUAUGUUUGGUCAAUGUUUCCGCAGUAUUUAUUAAAACAUACUUUUUUUUUUCCUUCAAAUAAAAAAGUAACCAUGUCUUUGUCUAAA